AUGCUAGUCUGGUGUUUUGGCAAGAAGAAACCCCAGACACUGUCUCUAUCCGAUUGUAAGCAGUUCUACAGGAGCUUCUCGAAGAUGGUAGAUCUGUCAGACGCGAGGAAGAAAGCCUCCAAGAUGUCGCGGAAAGAUCUCCACCGGAUAAACCGGAACAAUGUCAGUCGUCGCCUUUAUAAUAGCAAGAUUCAACUGGACCGAGAAAAGCUUGAGAAGAUCCAGCUCGCCUUGGAAAACAAGAAGCUCUCGCUGUCGGUUACUGCAUUGGACGACGUCGUCAACUCUCUCUUCUUCGACGUCACCAACCCCUCAACUUACGAUUCACUACACACUCCAAACUUGGACAAGCUCAAACAAGUACACGAGUCUGUUACACGGUCCGAUACAACUAAAGACACCCGGAUCCGUACACUUGUGGCCGGUCACAACGACGUGUCGGAAGAUCUUCGCCACAAGAACGCGGAGCUCGACAUCGCUCGGACCGAAGCAUCUGAUCUAAAGGAUGACUGCCAACAAUUGGAGGCGCGACUGCAAAAGCUGGCCGACAACAAGUUAAACAUCGAAGAGUCAUUUCGCAAAUGUAGGUACGGCCUGCGACAGGCUGAGUUCAACCUCACCGAGAGUUCUCGAAGAGUGGCGAAUCUCGAGACUCAAAUUGAGCGAACGCGUAUGUCCGCACGAGAUGCCGACGAGCGCGCAGAAAGUAUCAACGAAGAACUUCAGGAUGCCAACCGCCAGCUGAGAGACUCCGAGCGCGAACGUGCAGACCUUGAGACUGAGCGCCGUCAACUUCAGACGAAGUUGGAUACAGCCAAAGAGCAGUUGAACGGUGAAGAAGAUCUCGAGAAGAAGACUCACGAUCUGGACGCUGCCCAUGAGCUCGUUCGCCAGCUCAAAGAUGAAAUCUCGGCUCUCAAGGAGCAACACGCAGAUGUCGUCUCCAACAAGGAGAAGGACCUGAGAGAACUCCAACAGCUAAACAAGGACGCUAUUUCUCGUAAGAGCAAGGAGAUGCAGGAGCAUCGUAGGAAGUAUCAAGUCGCUCUCUCGACCAAAGAGAAGAAGGAUGAAGGCUUGCGCAACGAUCUCGCUGCUACAAUUAACGCCAAAGAUGCGGAGCUAGAAAGAUUACGCGCCGAACAUGUUGUCGCCAUCACCGCUAAAGACAGGCAGCUCGAAGCCAAACACCAGUCUGAAACUGCGAUCAUCACUCGCCAUGGAAUCGAAACGCAAAAGCUUCGUGAAGAUGUCGAUUCGGUUGAGCUGCAAAAGAACGACAAAGUCAAAGAGCUUGACGCUCUUGUAUCUAGCCAUGAUGACGCAAUGCGUGAUCUUCGUCAACAGCUCGAUUUGGUCACUCGGCAAAAGGACGACAAAGCCCAGGAGCUGGAAGAGUCACGCACCAAGCACAUCGCUGACGUGGCCGACAAGGAGAAGGAGUUUGACGACAUUGUAUCUCGCCAUGAAUCCCAAAUACAGGAGCUGCGCAAAGAGCUCGAUCUGGCUAGGGACCAAAAGGCCGAUGAAGCUAAGAAGCUGGAACACUCACGCGCCGAGCAUGUUACCGCGAUCAAUCUCAAGGACGCAGAGCUGCAGGAAGCACACUACGAACUCGCCAUCGCCAUCUCUGGCAAGGAAUCAGAGAUCGGCACACUUCACACAAAACACGCCGCUGCCAUCUCUGGCAAGGAUGAGGAGCUUGAAGUAUUGCGUAAAGACCUCGACAUGGCGAAGCUCAACAAGCAACCGUCCUCCACCGAUGAUCUGAAAGUCCUUGUCGAUUCACAGCAAGCGAUAAUCCUUUCCAUGACAAAUGAGUGGAAUGCAGUCUACGGCAUCAUCGAAAACGUCAACAUGUGUCUGCCAUCCGUCCUGAAGAAGUUGGGCAAGCCUUUGAACGAUCGCCUUCCGGAGAUAAGGGCCAGAAUGCGAAGCGACUCUGAAUUCAGGCCUGUGGAGCACCUGGGCGACCUUGAGACUGCGAUGAAGAUACGUCGUGGACGGUAUGAGCUGGAAGGGACGUUCGAUCACCAGUGGGAGUUCUUGAGGAAGUUCGUUCCUGCAGUUCUGGAGGUUCAUCCCGACGUCAAAGAGCUGGCCAAGGCCAUUGAUGACACUUUUGACCGGCUUGAGGAGCAGGUGGUCCAACCCACCAAGGCGCCUACAAUCGCGCCCGCCCCAGCGAAGGCAACCCCAGAGAAGCCCCCGAAAGAUACAUGUGCCUGCAAGUACCAGUUCCUGGUGACAGAUAGCCAGGAUGCCUGCCGCGAUCAUCUCGACGCGUGCGAUGACUUCGCGAGAUGGACGCCCGCGAAGAAGACAAGCCUUUUGGGCAAGCUCGGUUUGACUGGCUACAAGCAGUCGAAGCAGACAAAGCCGAAGGUAGAGUGGAUUACGUGCUGGCACUGCGAGCGUGAAUUCGACAAAGCACACGGGCAAUGGUUCCACGGCUCUCAUGUCAAGGUCUGCAAAAGGGGCGCCCCCAGCUUCGAUGAUGUCCCCGGCUCGAGCACACCGGGACCGAAGACUCCCGUCACCACACCUUCCAGACGCGCCCCCGUGAACGAGCACGGCUGGCAGAAUUCCGGGACAGCAAAGAAGGCAGAGACACCAGUCUUUGUUUCUAGUGGCAUGGGGUUCAGGAGCAAGGACAUUGAGUAG